UGAAUGCACGGAUGGAUGCACAGAUGGAUGGAUGGUCCUCAGAUUAAUGGCAUUUGGAUGGAUGGAGAGUUGAUGGUCUAUGGAUGGAUGGUCCUCAGAUAAAUGGCCUUUGGAUGGAUGAUGAGUAGAUGGUCUAUGGAUGGAUGAAUAUACCUUUCGUAUAAACGAAUGUAUAGUGAAUGAAUGGAUGAUGGUCUGAUGGAUGUGUAGAUUCAUAGUUGAUGGAUAGAUGACGGAUGAAGGAUGGAUGGUUUUAUUGAUGGAUGAUGGAUACAUAGAUGGAUGUUUGUUAAAUGCACGAUGGGUGAUAGAUGGAGGGAUGAUGGAUGGGUUUUUGAUGGAUGGAUGUGUGGCUGGUGGAUGGAGGAACGAACAAUGGACGGAUGCUGACCUUUGACUUUGGCUGUGUGGGUGUAAAUGAAUCUCUGGCCUUUGGGGAUGCUGAUGUCCGGGGCCCCGUCGCUAUGGAAACCCACAGCAACAGCCGGUGAUGAAUUGACGGUCGGGCCGCAGCGUUAGAAAUGAUGCUGAGCGUUGAGGUGGAUCCUAGUGGCUGAAUGUGCGUUUGGUGCCACGUCGUCCUGUGCAAGUGGCUUUCUUGGACUCCAGACUGCUUCAGGCUGUGAGGAGCCGGAGAGGUGAGGAGGAGGAGCAGGUACCAGUAGAGGUUGAAUCUGGUGCCGCUGUACACGCGUUCUCCAAUAAAACAAUAACUAUACAGAUGACAAUAACAGAGUAACAGGAUCAGAUCUGAAAGGUUUAAAGUAAACACACAAGUCAGAAGAAUCUUUACCUUUGUACAGAUGUUGUGUUUCACUUUUGCUGCCUUCAGUUCCCAUGAGGUGCAGGGAGAGAGGGACGAUGAGGGGGUCGGAGGUCACGGAGGGCUUCGGUGUCUCUCUGUAGUUUAGUCUCAUCACACAACAAGAGACGCCUUCAUCUCCUCAUCAAACUCUGCCAGAAACAAAAAGAAGGGAUUUUCUGCAGGUUUAGUUGAGAUUCUUUUAUUCUGCAACGUGUGUUUCGUGCCGCUGACAUGUGGUCACCACUGAGACGCUCACAUUCUCCACCACAGCAGACCGGCUGGUCCAUCCAUCACGCUGACACGGAGCUGAAAUGUUACUUCAGUAUCUCUGCUCACUUUUCCUCCACCUCCUCCACCUUACUUAUUGCUCUUUCUCCUUGUUUCUCAUGACCUCCUCACGACCUUUCCUGUCUCAUUUUCCUUCCCCUUCCUCAUCUCCUCAUCUCCUCUCCUCCUCGCUCUUCUUUUCUUCCUCUCUGUGGUCGGUUUCCUCUCUUUGCCUCACUGCCUCCUCCACUCCUCCUUUACUCUCCUUUACAUCGUCCCCUUGACUCCUUCCUUUCUCCACCUCACCUCUAACCGUCCCCAUUGUUUUCUCAAUCCACCUUCCUCCUUGUUUCUUAUUCCCCCCUGCAGGCUGUUGAUGGAGAGGAUUUCGAAUGUCAGCCGGGACCGUGGUCAUCGCGGGAGGCGUUCUGGCUACAGUCAUCUUACUGACCAUCGUCGCUGUGCUGUGUUUAUGUAGGCUGCAGUACUACUGCUGUAAGAGGGGCGAGUCUGAGAAGGGGGAGGACGGGGAACCAGAGCUGGACACCAUGUCCCCGUCCCGGCCCCUGGCUCUGUCCGCUCCCCCUACGCCUCCCACGCCGCUGCGCUACUUCGAGGAGCCGGACAACUACCCGCCCACCUUCCUCACCGAGGCCAACGGGCCCGCCAGCUGCUACUCCUCCACGCCGCCGCUGCCGCCCCGCAGGUGCCAGCGCUCGCACGCCUUCUGCCCGUCCUGCGCCCGCUGCUCGCUGCCCUUCUACCUGCAGCACCCGGAGCGGCUGUGCAACGGCGGGCGGCGCAUCAGCUACAGGACUGUGCAGCAGCAGGACCUGGAGCUGCCCAUGGACCUGGAGAGCCUCUACCAGAAGCUCAACCUCAUCCGCUCCGUCACCAUGAAGGAGGUGGUCAGCCAGAGCGUCAGCACCGACGUCUGAACACACGGACGCGCUCGUGUACUGCAACCCCCGAGGGCUUCUGGGUAAUGGCGGCCACAUUGGAGGUCUGCAGCGCUGGAGCGACCGCAAACGGCUGAAUGCAUCAGUCGGAUCGUUUUGUGACCAAUGUGUUUAGAAAAGAAGCCUCGGUCAGUAUGUGUGUGUAUCAAAGUAUAAAGGAGAACAUUUACAAUUGUGGACUUUGUCGGUGGAUCAAACACACUUUUUGCUCGACUGCAACACACAAGAAGACAGAAGUGGAGGUGAAACUCUCAAACAGACUAAAUGCGUUUUCUUAUACGAGGCUGAUAGACAACUUUACUCUGGAAUCUCUUUUAAAGGACGAGUCUGGUUUUGUUGUCAAUUAAUCCCACGUGUCGACCAAAAACCACACUGAAUGUUUGUGUGUUUGUAUCAGAGUCACACUGAAUGUGAUUCCGUACGACAUGAAAUGCUCUAAAAGUCUCUCUUUUACUGUUUGUAAUCCAACCUCAUUGUUAAACUAUCGCACCUUAAAAUGAGUGAAAUCCACCUAAAUAAGGUUUUCUCUUUGAAUCAAACUGACCAUUGAUAGAAAUGGGGAUUGUGUCCAAUAGUCUGACUAUCUUUGUAAUAGUCAAUUAUUAAAAGACGUGAUUAUAAACUGCACUAUUUUAGGCCUGUUGAUGUUACGCAUUAAAUGGACGUUAUUAUGAACUUAUAUUUUAGGUUUAGGUUAAAGAUCUUAAAUCAUUACAACAUGUUUUUGAAUGAGACUUUUUAGGAAAUGACUGAAACUUUUACGUCGGUGGGAACCAAUGCGCCUCGUAGCUGAGAGACACGUGUUGCUUUUGGUCUUUUUGUGGGAUUAAUUAGUAAGAAAGUGUAGAUUUACUCCUUUAGAAGAGAAAUAAAGCCCAGGACACGUCUGUCUCCGGGGGACAGGAGCUUCAGCGCGGAGACGUUCACAUUGACGUAGUUAUUUGUGCACAACAGGUGGUCUGCGCUCCGUCACUGAACAUACGUGUACGUGAUGCACGGAGGGUCUGUGUGUGUGUGUGUGUGUGUGUGUGUGUGUUUGGUGUCCUGCUCCCUGAGCUGAAGCUUCUCAGGUGUUUCCAGGUUCCACGUGUGACGGCCGAGGGGCUUUUUAGGACAAGGGCCGACGCCCAGAUGGAAGAAAGCAACUUCCUGUCUGUGUUAUCAGCAAUUCUCUGGGCAGGUUUGGUGGAUUACAACAAUUGUACAGCAUUUGUGCACAUUAGAUAUUGAUUUGACAGCAUUAGUUAUAUAUUUACACACAUCAGUAAGAUCUUAAAGACUAAAGGCACAUUAUUGUAAUAUUCUCCACUUGAAUCUCCUGCCGAGCUCUCUGCUAUACGCUGAGUUCUGCAAUAUCUUAAAUUAUAUAUGAACAAUAUCCAGAACUAAGUCUAAAUGUGAAAAAUAAGUAUGAGUUUGAUUAGUAAACAGACAACAUUUUGCUGUUAUGAAUUAUAUUUGUGACAUUAAAAAAAAACACAUUCUUGAUGUGAAAAUCACUUUAAAUCACCUUCAUUCUUUGAAUUAACUGCUUGACCAGUUGAAAGUAAAACAUAAUUAAGUAAUUCUAUAUGUAGUAUUCAUGUAAAUAUUUACAAAUUGAAAUCUUGCCCACUGAAGGCACUAAUGUAAAACAAUUUUAUAUGAAGAAUUGAAUCGAUUUGAAUUAAGAUUUGAAUUAGAUUGACUUUGUUUUUCGGUCAAAAUAAAAGAAGAAUCUAAAGUUUCGAUGUGACAUGUAGCUUGUGUUUGUGUUGAUGUGUGUAGCUUUUUCUCAGCCGCUCGUACUGUCGUGUGUUUCCGCGUGUGUCACUUCCUGUUUGCCUGCCGAGCGCCGCGGGGAAACGAAUCUAAAUCCAAAAGGGCUUCAACCACCUGCGACUGUGACGCGUGACGGACGCUCACUUCCUGUCACACGCUGCAGAUAGACGAGUGGACGUCAUCCUGUCCGUCUUCUCAAACGGGACAUUCAGGUGGAACAAAACAAAGCCAACCAGCGGGAAACACGUGUGAUGAAGUCGUGUGCUGCUGUUGAAAUAAAGGCUGUUUACUCUGGUCGGCUUCCCUCAGAA